CAGUGAUUCUUCCUUUUUCUAAGGAUCCAGCAACAAUAAAAACAAAGGUUGCGAUUCGCAGAAACGACGAGCACUACCGUGAUUAUUGCGAUAUAACACUAAAUCACCAAUUAACAAAACCAUCGGAGCAAAGUUUUAGGACCAUAGUUGCUUGUUUAUAAUGCUCACGUUCUCAAGGUUACAGCGACUGCGACGAUUCGGAAUGUAAAGAAUUAACUGUAGUGUUACAUGUUUGGAUUUUUCACUCUGAGAAACUAAUUUUCAUGACCUUUUUUAUUGGCUUUCUCUUAGUUACCUUCAAUGCUUACGUCCGUACGUUCCAAACUUUUCAGGAAGUCAAUGACUUGUUGGGAUUCCCAAAAAUGCACUUUUUGACCAACGUUCAUGGAGAACUCGGCCAGAAUCUUUUUGUUUAACUGGUCUGAUGAAGAAAUUCAUGGGCAAGAUAACCUCUGGUUUUCUGGAUUCUGAGAAUAGCCCAAAUGAAAAUUUCACCAAACCUAUUUUCUGAACGGAAGUUAAAAACUUGGAAGAACUCGUAGCUAAGUCUAAUUCGUUACGUUACCUUGAGUACUUUUGUAGCCUUAAGAGAUGUUACUCUCUUGGUUGCCUGCACUUUUAAGGAACACUUCUCAUUGAGGAGUGUGAAAAGGAACUCGAAUUAGCAGUCGUCCUGGCACAGGGGUGUGGCUUCAGAGUUCAGAAAACAGCUGCUGUAUAUCGGUCACGCACUGCUUUUUUGUAACCAGUUGUAGAUCUGUUGGCCCCAUGUUCUUAAACUCUGCCACCAGCAGCGAAAAUCUACGGGCGGGAUUUUUCUAUUUCUAGGGCUGAUCUUUCCUAAAGCCCUCAUUCUAUCGACAGGAAGCAGGACCUCUGUAAAGAAAUGCCUUGCCUCGAUUUAACCCCUGUACCGCCAGUAAAACUACUCUCGGACCUUUAGUUUACCGCUUUUAGAUCAACCACUCUUUGAACAACAUGCUUGAAAUGAUAGAUUUUGGAAAAGGUAGUGUUCCAGCUAAUAUAGAUCAACUAGGUCAUCACGAUAUUCAAACCAGAUUACUACGUCAAGGUAGCAGCUAUUAUCGGGGUUCGUCACUUUCAGAAAACGAUGGUACGGGAUUGCUGUUAAGGCUAUAGCAUUAGAAUAUUUUAGUCAUCAUUUUAUCUGGUUCAUUACUGAUUUUUAAUCUUUCCACUACAUAAGCGGCAGUGAAGAUCGCUUUAUGACACAGCUACAGAGUAGUUAGCUCGAAAUAGUCUCCAGUCAUCAGUUUCCCAUUCAUUCAGUGCUUAGUUCAUGCCGAUGAACACUUAAUGCAGGUGCUUCAUUUUUAUAUCAGUCUUCGUGUAAAGAGGUAGAUCAGUAGCCAGAAUGUUCAACUUUAAGAUGCUAAAUUGAAGGUUUAAACCCUACUACACUUUUGGUUUGACCAGAUAGAUAGUAUCACUAACCCUCACGCUUGAAGUGCGGAUCAAAGUCAAGUACAUGAAUCUGUGCAUGGUAAAUCCGUUAUUAAGAAGCGAAGGAAAUGUCCGUCUUUAUUUAUUUUAUAAAAAUCAGAUACUUAUGCUUAACUACAAAAUAAUAACCGAAUAUUGAGUUAAAUUAGUGUUCAUGAAAAAUUGGCUUACGAGUUAGUUUCAGGUCGGCAACGUUGAUAAAGCGGUUUACUUCGUAAAUUUUACGAUGAAUGUUCAUCUGUUUUGUAAUUAUUGUUAUUAUCAAUUCCGUCUUGAGUGUUGUUAGAGGUAUGAUGGCGGUUAUCACUUCCUGGUUCUUCUGAAGGUACCUGGAAAGGAAAUUGGAUUAAAGGUGGUCUUAGUGACCCGAGAGCAUGACCGCAGUGCCCAAGGGACAAGUAUUUGAGGUCGAUCACACACGACCUUUUUGUGAGUAAUUUUCGUGUUGGCUCUGUACUUGUUGAGACCUUGCUGCUGGAAACGGGAGUCGAUUAGAUUAGGCGAGGUGUGUAUUUUUAGGGUCGACCUUUUCUAACCCAACCCCUAAUUGUAGGAAGGCAGCAUCGUUAUUAUGCUGGUUGUCUGAAGGGAACGCCUUACUGCCGUCACACCUCUGUACAGUCAGUAGUGCGACUUCGUCCUCAGACCUUGAGUUUGCUGCUUUUAGUCUUACUGUUUCUCAACCGAUCUGUCUGGCGUGGUAGGACGUUGAGGAACGGUUGUUCCAGCCAGUAUAGCUCGAUUGGUUUACUAGGGUAGGCAAGCCUGACCACCACGUUAAGUUAGCUACGACGGUCGGGCUGGCCUUCGUCAACACCUGAAAUAAGGAUAGAGGGUGAAGUAGUCGAACGCGUUGACAACUUAUCUUGGAAGUCUGAUCAGUCCUAAUGGGUUGGUGUCUGACUAAAUCUCAGCACUGACUCGAAAAGCUUGUUUGGCUUUUGCCAACUUACGUCACCUAUGGUGACGGAGAGAUAUCUGUCUAUCAAUUAAGGUACGAGUGUACUGCGCGGCAGUUCGUUCUGUUCUACGGCUGCGAAACGUGGCCAUAAAGAGUAGAAGCUAGUCGUAAGCUACCAGUAUUUGACCACAGAUGUCUUAGAAAUAUUUCCCACAUCUGCUGGGAUCAUCGGGUUAGUAAUAGUGAGGUUAGACGCAGGGUAUUAGGGAGUGAGGGUAAAUCAGUUGAUGAGGUUGUGAUUCUUCAUCGACAGAGAUGGUUGGGCCACGUGUUACGUAUGCCUGAACACCGAUUACCACGACGUGCAAUGCUAACCGGUGUUGGAGAUGGUUGGAAGGGCGGCCAAACCAAAACGUGGCAUCAGUGCUUGAAGUCAUUAACUUCUAGUCUGAGCCAUAUUGGUAGAUGUAGACUACUUGGUUGGAGACUCUUGGUGAAAUGGCUCAGAAUCGACCACAAUGGAGAACGUGUAUACACUCUCUGUCUUCCCUUAAACUAAGAGAUUAAAAUCACUCCAUAUUUUUCUUUCUACGAACUAAUUCUUCCUUCCUGUAUUAUAUCCUUAUAUGCAAUCUUUCGUUUAUAUAUUACUACCAUUGAAUUAACUGCUUCUAUGAAUCCGGUGUUCAUCUUGCUGUGUUAAUGAGGUAUGGCAACUUGGACCUAUGCAUAUAUGUGCCUGGUUCUACGUUGUAGCUGAUUGACUUUCAAUUCUUCGGGGAUCAAAAGUUUGAUAAAGUUUAAGUCAAAUAAUUGUAUUUAGUGUUUAUUCUGACAAAGUGCACUAUUUUUAAUGUGUAUAGGGACACAAAUUCGGUGUAAUCCUUGAUUCUAAAAACAUAUUAAUGUACGGUAAUGUUUCACAAUCUUGUAACUGAUAUUAUUUUGCAACUCGAAAGAAAUAGCCGACUUAUUAGGCUUGUCAACGAUUUUAUGUGGACUUUGUAUGUUGAAUUAAGUUGUUGGGAAAUAAAUUGUUUGGCAUUUCCGGUACAUUAUUGUUCAUCAAAGGCUAGACAAACUCCUCGGUAAUAUUAUUAACUUACAUUUAUGUAUAUGAGAAACCGUUAAGUGUCACUUAGUUGUUGUAGUCGGUUUAUACGCCUUUAACUUCAUAAUAUAGCAAAAAUAUAAAGUACUUUAAGGACGAAAGCAAGAGUAUCAGGUUGUUAGUCGAAUGGAAGAUUAUAUAGCUUAGUGUCAUCAUUGUUGAUAAUUAUUUAGUUUUGGUAUUACUGUUUUCUGAUCGGUUCAGAUUAUUUGAGUCAUAUUUAUUCAAGAUUUCCAGAUUAAUCCAGUCUUGUAACUUAUUCAAAUUUUACAUAGGUUGGACUUUCUUUUUUGUUUUAUUUUCCAGAUAAUCUUUUGGAAUUUUUCCGUAUUAUACACUACUUUAUUUGAAUUGUGCUUAUUAUCCUGGUAAAUGACAUCUUGAAUGAAUUCAGUGACCAAUUCAAAUAAAAUUUACCAUGAACGUCAAUCUAAAAUGUUUUGUGCAUUGCAUGCACUGAAUAAUGUAUUUCAGGAUAAAAUAUUUUCAAAGCAUUGCUUAGAUAAAAUAGCUGAUAAUCUUAAUAGCAAUUCAUUUAUUAAUCCACAUAGAAAUGUAUUUGGACUGGGGAAUUAUGACGCAAAUGUGUUAGUUAUUGCUCUUCAACAAUGUGGUUAUGAUAUUGUUUGGUGUGAUAAACGCAAAACAAUUGCUGCGCAUAAUCUAAAUUUUGAUAAUAUUUUUGGAUAUAUAUUGAACACAUUUUCUAAUCGUCGUAUUUUUAACUUAACAUUACCAUAUUCAGGAAGUCAUUGGAUUGGUUUACGAAAAUUAGAGCAUGAUGAUAAAUAUUCAUAUUUUAAUUUAGAUUCUAAAUUAUGCGAACCGGUUGUAGUUGCGUCAACGGAUGAUGAGUUUGUUAACUAUUUAGAAGGACGUCUUAGAGAGUAUCCAGAGACUCAACUUUUAUUUGUCGUAUCCAAUGAAGUGCUUCAGCAACGAUCUUGGACGCAUAAUAAACAAUGAGCACAAUUAAGGACGAUCUAACUUUUUGUGUGUUCACGGUGAUAUUUUUUGAUUAAUACUAUACAUUUGUUUAAAACUUCCUUCUUUCUUAAUUGCCGUAUUUAUAACAAACAACAGCCAUGGAAGUGAACAAUCUGUUUGAUGAAUGUUAGAUCUAAAAAAUCAACGCUAAUCAACAUCUGACGGUUAUCCUGAACUCAUGAUCAUCCAUUCAAAAAAGUCUGUCUGUUUCCAGAGUGAGGCCUUGAUUUAUCGGGCUAAUUUAAACCGUUUUUUUAAUUUUUAGAACAAAAUUCUGGUUAUUAACUUACAUCUUUCUCAGACUUUGUGGAUUAAACAUACUGGUGAUUAAAAUAAUUUAAGAAGGAAACCGAUUAUACUAUCGAAAAGGAAAUAAAGACAAUUUAGCAAAGAAAAUGUUUUCAUAAAAUCAUUAACUUAAGCUGUAAAGUCGUAUUUAUAGAGCAGUUCAACAGAUAUACAAAUUUAUUAAAAAACAAAGUGAUUAGUUUAGGGUCCGAAACCUUCAUGCGUCACAAGCUGGUUGUGAUACGAUCUAAAGGUUAAAGGCAAACAAUAAUAAGCAAACGAAGGUAGGAGAACUGAG